UUCCCCGCAUCUCCAAUUUUCUUUUAGACACACGUUGUGUAAAUCUAAAGCUUGAAUCUUCCUCACCAGUUAAACACACUGCAAUAAAAUCUCCGGAAACUUUCACAGAUUUAGGGUUCUUCUUGUCCCUUUCCAAGUCAAAUUCGUAGUUUUUUUUUUUUUUUAAUUUGUUCGCCUAUCCAGUCUUCAUCUCGCCGGGGAGUAAAAAAAAAACAAGUCUUUUGAAUUUUGUAAUCAGUGACGUUUAGCCUGAGAGAGCACAAAAGGAUGCAUCUUCCCAUGUACACUAGUGGAACCUCUAAUCCUUCACCAGGAAAUGCCCUUCCUAAUCAGAUGCAUUUGCAACAGAAUCAUGCGCCUCCCCACCACGCCCCUCCUCCACCUCCUGCUUCCUCACAGCAGUUUCAUUCUCAUCUUCCACCUGUUUCAAUGUUGCCUCCCCCGCCACCUUUACCUCCUGGUGCCACGCCACUCUCACAAGCAUUCCCUAAUCCGUUUCAUCCUCCACCAAGCUUCCCACUUUCUUUUCCUCUGAAGAGCUUGGAACCUCCUGGGAUGCCUCUUCCUCCACCUCCUCCUUCAUCUUCAUCCCCACUCUUUGCAGACACCGUUUGUGCUAACCCUGAAGCUACAAACCAGGUUGGUGAAACGGUGCCUCUUUCCCUGGAAGGAGCUGUUGUUGAAGACGCUGGAUCUUCUUCACCACAUGAGAAGAAGGCAGAGCAUGGCUCUCCUUUGUAUGAUGAUCCUGACAUUGAGAUGGAAGAUGAUAUCACACUGCCUGAGAGUAACUACCCAAGCCAACCUCUCAACUACGGUUCUGAAGCCAAUUCGGUCACAGGCACAACGCUUCCUGUUUCAAAGUCAGAUACUCAUAUACACCAAGAUGUAGAUGAUGGUUCUAGACAAGCUUCUUCCUCGCCUUACUCCGGAAGAGCCAAGGUUGUUCCCGAAUGUGGUCUCGGUGACAUGUAUGAUCCCUUCGUAGACAGCUUUGAACCAGCAUCUUUGAAACUAGAUUGCCUUCAGGAGCAUGAACCAGUCAGCGACUCUUACACUGUACCCAAGGCGAGCAUUUCCUCAAACACCCCACUCAAUGUGGAAGAAAACAAUCAAGAUGUUGUUGAUAAACAAGCUCUAAGUGAGUCAGACACGACAGCUCGUGUCAGUGUUUCCUCAAACAAACCACCAGACGUGGAAGAUUUCACCAACGGAAACGAUGUAGGAGCAGUGGUUUAUGAAGAUAACGAUGAGCUUGGUGAGAAUGCAGGAGAAGGUAACAGCCAUGAGACCUUGACUCCAAACUCCAACAACGAGAUUCCAAAGGCGAAUAACAGUGCACGCGAAGGUGAUAUCACGAGGAAAAAGUCUAGAGGGGAUGCAAAGGAGAAAGACUCAUCGAGGUCCAUGAAGCUUUUCCAGGUGGCGCUAACGAAGUUCGUGAAGGAUCUUCUGAAACCUUCGUGGAGGCAAGGGAAUAUGAGCAAAGAGGCGUUCAAGACUAUUGUGAAGAGAGCCGUGGAUAAAGUCUCGAACUCAAUGGAAGGUCGUCGUGUGCCCAAGUCAAAAGCUAAGAUCGAUAAGUACAUUGACAGUUCACGGGACAAGCUGACCAAACUCGUCAUGGGGUAUGUAGAUAAGUAUGUGAAAGCGUAGAGAACCACGUGACACGGUGUUGCUGCUGCUUGGAGAAGAACUAAAUGUUGUUCUACAGUUUUGUCUCGUCUGAAAACAAUGGAUGUUUAUACAGAAAAGUUCUUCGGUUGUGAUUUUUACGAUGAUGAAGUCAUUUUUUGAUUA